CCGAGGACGCAGCUGCGGGCGGACGGACGGACGGACGGCGCUGGGCAGCGCCACUGCCGGCGGGGGCCAGCUUCUGGCUCGGUCUUUACUAUUUCUCUCCUGGCUCCGCCGGGCUUGCCUGAUUUCUUAGUUUCUUGGGUCUCUGUUUCUCUUUUUAAACUCGCUGUCUGUCCCUUCUGUCUCUUGUCUCUCCCCUCCUUUCUCUGUCUGUGUCCCUACCUCGGUCACCGUGCCUGUCUCCCGCUCGCUCUCUCCCUCUUUUCCCUACUGCCUGGCUCUUGCCGUUCUUUCCCACCUGCCUCUCUUCCACCCUCUUGUGACUCUCCCCCUCCCUUCUCCCCUCUCCCCCUCUCCUCUCUCAGUCUCCUCUCUCUCCCUCUCCUCUUUUCCCUUCUCCUCUUUCCUCUCUCCUUUCUCCCUCCUCCCCAGGCCGUGCCCCUCGGAGUGUUGGGGAGAAUCUCUGGGCUGAGUCUCAGUCCCCGCUCUGCUCUGCUCCCCGUGACUUGUCUGGCCACCUAGAAAAAGACGCCCACGGGGCCUCCAGGAAAGUGGCAAAGCGGCUUUUCCCACCUUCCGAAGAACUCUUAAGGGAGGUAGACUGACUGCAGACGCAUCUGGGUCCCUCAGGUUAUUUGACCGAGGCAGAGUGUGACCACCAGGCAGCCUCCCUUGACCUCUUGGAGACUGUUUCCAUUUUAAUUUCAUUUCACAGGCUUCAGGGUUUCCUUUUUUAUUUCCCAUAAGUCUUCACACUUCAGUUUAUUUUUUAACAAAACAUUUCAAUUCCUAGUUCUUGAUUUCAAAGCCCAUCCGUGAAUGGGCCGCUUGUGAUCCAUCCCUUUCACCCCCAGUUAAAUCCCUCACACUGCCCUUGCAUAGCUCGACUGUAACAGAGAGGAGUCAGGGGAGGGGGAGAGUGGAGCCCGGCAGAGCAGCCACGCCUGGCGGCGGGAUCAUGAGGCUCUUCUCUAAGGGCCCCUUCGGUGGCAUGGCCCUGCUGUGGCUCCUGGGACUUCUCCUGUGUGAGCUGGGCAGUAGCAGCUUCCUUGGGAACUACCUCCACACCUCCAGCUUCCUCCAGAGGAGGCUCAGCGGCAGGGAGAAGCGGGAAAUGCAACGGGAGAUUCUGUCCAUCUUGGGGUUGCCAGGACGCCCCCGACCCAGGGCCCCUCCAGGGGCCAAGCUGCCAUCCUCGGCCCCGCUGUUCAUGUUGGAUCUGUACCAUGCCAUGGCCAGUGAAGAGGAAGAUGGCCAAGGAAGUGAUGAUGCAGAUGUGGCCUGGGGCCGUGGGGUCUCCAGGCCUGUGCUGACCAGUCUGAGCACCCAGAGUCCUCCUCUGGAACGAGUCAUCAGCCAUGCCGACAUGGUCAUGAGCUUCGUAAAUAUGGUUGAGCAUGACCGGGAUUUAUUCUACCAGGAGCCCUACUGGAAAGAGUUUCGAUUUGACCUGACCCAGAUUCCAUCCGGGGAAUGUGUCACAGCCGCUGAGUUUCGCAUCUAUAAAAUGAGAAGUUUCACUCGACACCUCAACAAGACCCUCCACAUCAGCAUAUAUGAGAUUGUCACUGAGCAAUCGAACAGGGAAUCCGACUUAUUCUUAUUAGACCUGCAGACUCUCGAGGCUGGGGAUGAGGGCUGGCUGGUUUUUGAUGUCACAGCUGCCAGUAAUCACUGGUUAUUAAAUCGCAAAAGUCAUCUUGGACUUCGUCUUUACGUGGAAGCUGAGGACGGGCGCAGCGUCGAUCCUGGAUUAGCUGGACUGCUGGGUCGCCAGGGGCCACGCUCCAAACAACCUUUUAUGGUCACUUUUUUCAGGGCAAAUCAAAAUCCCAUCCGAACUCCUCGGGCAGUCAAGCAACUAAAGAAAAGGCAGCCGAAAAAAAGCAACGACCUCCCACACCCAAACAAACUCCCAGGGAUCUUUGAUGACAUCCAUGCUGCUGAGGGCAGACAAGUUUGCAGGAGGCAUGAGCUCUACGUUAGCUUUCAGGACCUUGGUUGGCUGGACUGGGUCAUUGCACCUCAAGGGUAUUCUGCCUAUUACUGUGAGGGGGAGUGUGCCUUCCCACUGGACUCCUGCAUGAAUGCCACCAACCAUGCCAUCCUGCAGUCCCUGGUGCACCUGAUGAAGCCCGACAGCGUCCCCAAGGCCUGCUGUGCUCCCACUAAGCUGAGUGCCACCUCAGUCCUUUAUUAUGAUAGCAGCAACAAUGUCAUUCUCAAGAAACACCGGAAUAUGGUGGUGAAGUCCUGCGGUUGUCACUGAGACCCCUCUAAGGGACCUGCAGCUCGUGGAGAAGCCCCAUAACUGAUCUGCAGGCCGGCUGCCCAGAGAACCCAGAUCAGGGAACCUCCAUCAAUAAAGUAAUACAAACCUCCCUGCUCCCUGAUGGAUGGAUGGAUGUCUAAAGGGUCUGGAAAUGUUCCAGAGGAUUCCUGAUAACUGCAGGCCACUAGUUGUGA